CAAGCCGCUCAGUAGCAAUCGAACGGGAUUGGCUUUUACUUUUAGAACCAAUCAAUCAAGGCAGAGUGUUGAUGAGACGAACUCAACAGUUGUGUCUGCUGAACGCGCCCAUCCUUCGACGAAAAUAUAACCUAACUUUCCGACUGUUUGUCAUCAAGCUAUGUUUUAACAAAUGUGUUAGAGUGAGCGCGAUAUUAUUAACGCAAUGGCACACGAUCGGGAGGUACUACGAGAAAUAUGGGACGGAAAGGUCCCAGUCUGUUUUACUCUCAACUCGGAGGAAAUUUGCGAUUUACAAGGGCCUGAUCCAUUUUACCUGAUGGUACCUAGAUUAAGUUAUUUUCCACUAUGUACGGAGAAGGUCCGGAAACAUUUCAUACGGCAUACACAAAGCGACAGUAAACAAGAGCAUGAGAUGUGGCUGGAGUUUAAUGGAAUGCCGUUAAAGUGGCAUUAUCCGAUUGGCGUUUUACUCGACAUUUAUUUCAACGACAUUCAAUUUCCUUGGAACAUUGUCGUCCACUUUGAUAAGUUUCCGGAGAACGUUCUAAUGCACUGUCAAAAUAAGGAAGUCGUAGAGGCGCAUUUCCUCUCUUGUAUAAAAGAAGCUGACGUCUUGAAGCAUCGAGGCCAAAUUGUCUCCAGUAUGCAGAAAAAGGACCACACGCAGCUAUGGAACGGCAUUAUGAAUGAUAAAUUCGAUCAGUUUUGGUCCGUGAAUGGUAGACUCAUGGAAGCCAGUACUGAAGAGGGAUUUAAAUACAUACCUUUCCGUUGUUAUACGAGUGACGAUAAAUACAUACAGAAACUUGUUAAACCAAUGAACGAAGAAGGCCAAAGAAAAACUUUGAAGCAUUUGUUAAACGAAGUAUUCCCGGAUCAAGAAAAUGUUACAGUGUGCACCCAUGGCAUUGUACCGCCAUUAGAGACGCCGCUUCAGUGGAUGUCCGAACACUUAAGUUACCCGGAUAACUUUCUACAUUUAAUUGUAGUCACAUCAUAAUGCUUAUUGAAGAACAGAUUUCAGUAUCAGUGAUAAAAUAAUUUUUCUGUGA